AUGACGGGUAAUACACUCAGCGCAAUAGAUGACGAUAAGGAAGAAGAUGUUGGCGGAACACGUCCGAAGGCGGCGCAGAAUUCACCCAAGAGAGACAAAGGCCCGAAUGAUACCAGCUUUCGAUUCCGCCAGCCGCAGCCGUUUAUGGGACGGCUUGAAGGAAGUCUUACAGCUGGAGAAGAUAUUCGAAAUACAAUAGCAAGGAAAUCACUGUGCGGUGGAGGCAGAGCAGAGCGGUCAACUGCAGCGGCUUGUGGCAAGGUCAACAUUCGCUUGGUGCCUAAUUUUGACGGCGAUCCUAUUGAUGAUGAGGCGUAGACAGGGCUGCAU